GUACUUUUGUGAUUAAUAAUCAGCAUCCGCGUCACCAGAGACCCGGCGGUAAAUUCCCGUUUCUCAAUUACUGAUCGCUGAUUAAUUGCUAAUCGAGCGUUUUCCCCGGAGCACCGGUCUGUCGCCGUCCGUCACUGAAUCGGAUGUUUUGGCCGCUCAUUGUCGGCAUGAAAAAUAUCAUUCGCUCACAGCUGCGCGUGACGACGACGCGUGACGGCCGGGUCGCGUCGCGCAAUUUUGCAUCGUCGGAAAAGCGUGCGGUCCAAAUCUAAGACGUGACAACCGAUGUUCAACCGAUGAUGCGAACGAGCGUGAUAACGUCCCUGAUUGGAAGGGCCGCGUUACGGCCGAAUUAUUUAUCUCGUCACCAGGCUUCCACGAGCACAUGCACCCCGUACGACCUAGUGAUCGUGGGCGGUGGCAUCGUUGGUUGCGCGACCGCCCGCGAGAUGAUGAUGCGGCAUCCGAACAUGAAAAUGGCCAUCGUGGAGAAGGAGAAUGAUCUAGCCAGGCAUCAAACGGGCCACAACAGUGGCGUAGUGCACGCCGGCAUUUAUUACACCCCUGGAAGCAUGAAGGCAAAGCUUUGUGUGGAAGGCCUGAAACUAUCGUACGAGUACUUUUGCAAGAAUAACAUACCCCAUAAGAAAGUUGGCAAGUUGAUUGUCGCUCAGAAUCCGGCUCAAAUCAAGAGGAUAGACGACCUCUUCGAUAGAGGAACGAAAAACAAAGUGCCCGAUUUACAGAUUGUUGAGAAAGAUUGCAUUUCGAAAUACGAACCCAAAUGUCAGGGAGAAAAAGCUAUAUGGUCACCGUGGACUGGUAUAGUGGAUUGGGCGGUCGUCUGUAAAUCUUUUGCCGAAGACUUUCGGAAAAUGGGAGGAGAGAUUUUUCUUAAUUUCGAAGUAACCGGAUUCACGGAGAUAGUGGAAUCGAAAGGAAAAAGUCAAUUAGUUCCCAUAUCCGUUCAUUCGAAAAACCGGUGCAUACCAACGAAAUACGUGCUGACGUGCGCUGGCCUGCAUUCAGAUCGACUGGCGGUGAUGACGGGAUGUGAUUUAAGUCCACGGAUAGUACCGUUUCGCGGCGAAUAUCUUCUACUAAGCGAUAGCAAAAAGCAUCUCUGCACAACCAAUGUGUAUCCGGUGCCUGAUCCUAGAUUUCCAUUUUUGGGCGUGCACUUUACACCCAGAGUGAACGGCGAUAUCUGGCUGGGUCCUAAUGCUGUUCUUGCGUUCGCUAGAGAAGGUUAUAGUUGGUUCGAUAUAAAUGUAAGGGACUGCAUAGAGAUGGCAAAAUUUCCUGGUUUAUACAAACUAUGCUUCCGAUAUUUCGUGCCAGGCUGCAUGGAGAUGAUAAAAUCAAUUUUUUAUCAAUUGGCUGUGAAAGACCUUCAAAAGUUUAUUCCUGAAGUUACGUACCAAGAUGUAAAAAGAGGACCGGCGGGCGUAAGAGCACAGGCAAUGGAUAGAGACGGCAAGCUAGUUGACGAUUUCGUUUUCGACACGGGCACCGGUACCAUCGGAAGCAGAGUGCUGCACUGCCGAAACGCACCGUCACCAGCUGCUACCAGUAGUAUGGCAAUAGCAAAAUUUAUUGCCGAUAAACUCGAUCGCGAUUUUAAAUUUUAAUGUACGUCGAAGUACAUAUAUCUAAUCGCUCAAAUGUAAAAUAUAAAUCAAGAGCGGACAUUUUUAAAAAUUCUCAAAGAAAAUAUAAAUAUUUUCUAUCUGCCAUAUAAUUUUUGUAUUAAGCAAUUUAUUAUCUCAAAAAAAAUAUAUUUGUUUAUUAUAUUAAUUUAUGUACAUUAAUGUUUAAACACACAUACUGUAUAGUAAUAUAUUCAAAAAACAACUAUCAAUGAGACCAUGAAAGAUAGAAUCAUUUUAUAUCAAAUUCUAUGUCCUCAAUUUUUUAGCAUUAAUUAAAGUGCCUUGAAAAAUGUGCUAUUACAAAUACUGAUAAACAUAUCUGGCAUUAACAUCCAUGAGGCGCGUCCAUGCUUUUUAAAUUUCUAUUUUACAAAUUCUUGAUUUAUAUUUUUGUAUAAAUUACCUAAUAAAUUAUUUUCAAUACAAGAUUACAAUACAUAACAAUUUCAAAUACGAAUAUGUACAAUAAUAUACAACAAAGUUGAAAUAUAUGUAACAAUUAUCACA